AGACGUUUCCAAUAUUUUAGCUUUUACUAGUUAUUUUACCUGUACUUUUUACAAUUUUAGUCCCAAAACAUGAAGUCCUUCAUCUUAUUUUUCAUAGUUAUUUCUUACUAUGCUUAUCCAUGGCCUUUCACUCUUGCAACUCUCCUCUUCUCCCUCUUCCUUUUCCUCUUAAACUUUUGGUUAGUGCCUGGAGGGUUUGCAUGGAGAAACUAUAAUCACUAUCAAAACUCUAAAAAGCUUCAUGGUCCUUUUUCUUGGCCCUUCUUGGGAUUUCUACCUCAAAUGAGGUCUUGUGCUCACCGGAAACUCGCCACGAUUGCUUCAUCACUAGGUUCAACUCGACUAAUGACUAUAAGCCUUGGUGCUACUCGAGUUAUCAUCAGUAGUCACCCUGACACUGCUAAGGAAAUCCUAUGGGGUACCUCAUUUUCAAGCCGUCCGGUUAAAGAAUCAGCUAAAUUGCUCAUGUUUGAACGAGCCAUUGGUUUCGCUCCCUAUGGGAGUUAUUGGCGAAACCUAAGAAGAAUUGCUGCUAAUCACAUGUUUUCUCCUAGGAGAAUUUCAACUUUUGAGGGUCUUCGACAACUUAUAGCCCAUAACAUGAUAGGAGAAGUUGUCAAAGAGAUGAAUGAGAGUGGUUUUGUUGAGGUUAGAGGGUUGUUAAGAAAAGGGUCUUUGAGUAAUAUCCUUGAAAGUGUGUUUGGGAGUACUUUAGGGUUAGAAGGUGAGAGACUAGGGUUAAUGGUGAAGGAAGGAUAUGAAUUGGUUGGAGAAUUUAAUUGGUCAGAUUAUUUUCCUUUAGGGGUUUUAGACUUUUGGGGUACUAAGAGAAGGUGUCAUAAAUUGGCAGCUCAAGUGAAUGAGGUAGUUGGUGGUAUAAUGAAAGAAAGGAGAAGAGAGGGAGAAGAAGUAAACAUGAAAAAUGACUUCCUCAGUGUUUUGCUAUCUUUGGCAAAAGAAGAUCAACUUAAUGAUGCAGACAUGGUGGCUGUCUUGUGGGAAAUGGUAUUUAGAGGAACAGAUACAGUUGCCAUCCUUCUAGAGUGGAUCAUGGCAAGAAUGGUUUUACACCAAGAUAUUCAAGAAAAAGCACAAGAAGAGAUUGACAGCUGUGUUGGUCAUAACAGGCAGGUGCAAGAUUCAGACGUACAAAACCUUCCUUAUUUGCAGGCCAUAGUGAAAGAAGUUCUUCGAUUACAUCCACCAGGCCCACUUCUCUCUUGGGCCCGUUUAGCAAUACAUGAUACUCAUGUUGAUAAGCGCUUUAUUCCAGCUGGUACAACUGCAAUGGUUAAUAUGUGGGCUAUUACACAUGACCCAACAAUUUGGGAAGAUCCAUGGGCCUUCAAGCCCGAAAGAUUUACCGAUAAAGAAGGCGAUGUCUCGAUCAUGGGCUCGGAUCUUAGGCUUGCUCCAUUCGGGUCAGGACGUCGGGUUUGCCCCGGACGGGUACUAGGUUUGGCCACGGUGCAUCUAUGGCUAGCCCGACUUCUUCAACAGUUCAAAUGGGUUCCAAGUCAACCUGUUGAUCUUUCAGAGUGUUUGAAGCUUUCCCUUGAGAUGAAGAAACCUCUAGCUUGUCGUGCAGUUAGCCGGCGUAGCGUCUAAGUAAUUUCGUAUCAAAUAAUAUAAGUUUUAUGGAAUAUAUCUACGCAUUAGUGGUAUUAUCACUCAAAAAUCAUAUGAUCAAUGAGACAAAGUCUAUGUAACCUUGAAGUCUGAUUAACAUGGAAAGUUGAUGUAACCUUUGGCAAAAUAGCAUAAUAUUUAUCUUUU